CGGCGCGUCGAUGCGUUGCGCUUCUCGGCCGCGGCGCUGUUUGUUCGCUUCGCGAGCGGACCAGACGAAGGGAGGAAGGGACGAAGGGAGGAGAAGCGGGUAACCGGACGAGCAGCGAGAACAGCGAGCAGACAGAGCGCAGACAGAACGCAGACAGAACGCAGAGCACCAUGGAGGAGUACACUUUCCGGCCGUCCACCGACAGUCUGGACGACCCCCCGAACAGCCGCCUCUUCCUGGUCACCAGCAAGUCCGUGUCGGAGGAGGUGAUUCGCGAGCACUUCAGCCCGUUCGGGGAGAUCCAGGACAUCUGGGUGGUGAAGGACAAGCAGACCAAGGAGUCGAAGGGCGUCUCCUUCGUCAAGUUCGCCAAGUCGUCGCAGGCCUGCAGGGCCAUGGAGGAGAUGCACGGCAAGUGUGUGGCGGAGGGGACGAAGCCCAUCAAGGUGUUCAUCGCUCAGUCCAGGGCCUCGGGGAGCCACCGCGACGUGGAGGACGAGGAGCUCACCAGGAUCUUCGUCAUGAUCCCGAAGAGCUUCACGGAGGAGGACCUCAAGGAGACGUUCAAGGGAUACGGUGACAUAGAGUAUUGCAUAAUCAUAAAGAACAAAACGACGGGCGAGAGCAAAGGCCUGGGAUACGUGCGCUUCCACAAGCCGUCUCAAGCCGCCACGGCCAUCGAGAACUGUGACAAGACGUUCAGGGCUAUCCUCGCCGAGCCACGGACCAAGAACUCGUCGGCGGAUAACGAUUAUUUUGGCAGUAUGCGGUCAGACCACAUGGCAAGCGACCCAGCGAUGAGCGCCUAUUCUUUCGCUGAUGGCGGAAGCUAUGCGAUGGGAGACGGGCGCUGCAGUGACAUCAUCACCCGCUGCCUGAUGGUGGCAUCGCGGGCGAGCCUGACGCAGGAGCAGGUGUACGCCCUCUUUGACCUCAUCCCCGGCAUGGAGUACUGCGAGAUGCAGAGGGAUCCGUAUGGCUUCAACAAAGGGCAGGCCAUGGUGCGCUACAACAACCUGGGCUCGGCAGUCUAUGCCAAGGAGAAGCUCAAUGGGUUCGAGUUUCCCCCCGGCAACCGGCUUGUUGUCUCCUACGUGGACGACGGCGAGGACCGGUCCAGCCCCGUGGGCAAGAUGGCCAUGCAGCUGGUGGCCGCGCAGAUGAUGUCCAUGGUGUGGAACGGACCCGCCGGCCCCCAGCUCAUGAAGACUAGCGCGGGCUACUCCGCGCCAAGUGUUCCCCAGUUGCCUCGCGUGCAGACGGACGUGCCGCUGCCGCCCCUCAGGAAGUUGGCCCCCGCCGACAGCCGUGUGAAAGAGCGCCUCUUUGUGGUGUUCAACCCGGCGCCGCUGCCCGUCGACGUGCUCGAGGACGUCUUCUGUCGCUUUGGCUCCUUGGUGGAGGUGUACCUGGUGCCCGGCCGCAACGUUGGCUACAUCAAGUACGGUGAGCGGAAGAACGCCAAUGACGCCAUGGCAGCGCUGCACGGGAAGGUGGUCAAUGGGGUCAAGCUGAAGGUCAUGCUGGCUGACCCGCCCAAGGAGGAGUCCCACAAACGCCAGAGGACCUACUAGAAGCCUGAUGUAAGUGACAUGACUGGACGUAGACACCGUGACACGACUGCCUAGCUAUGGACAGUGACUGCUGUACUGCGUGACCUUGCUACUGACCCCGCAAGCUCUCGCGCUCGUUCUUUCUUCUUUCCCCUUCCUUUUCGUCGGAGCCUCACGUCGCACUGACUUUCUCCACACGUGUGUUCAGCGAAGGGUAAAGAGACGACCGAAGAAGAACGUAACUGUGUUUUUAUGUGUGUGUUUCUUCAAUUAAAAUACGGAUGAAGAAUCCAGUGUUGAGUGCACUCUUUUCUCACACACGCUCACUGAGCAUGGCUGAGCGACGAGGACACUUAGGCUACGGCGCUGCCUGAAGUGGGGCGUUGCCCUGCGCAGCUCGACUGCUGACGGCUGCAUCCGGCGGUAAACGCGCUCCGCGGGGGGAGAGCACGCUGCUCGUGGUGUAGCGCCUCGCUGCAUCCUCGUCGUGCCCAGUUGCUAUGGAGACGGUCUGGGGGUUGGGGAGUGGCUCGUGCUGCUGCACACCUGGUUUUCUUCACUGGUGAGCGGCCGGUUCCUGG